CGGCGCGCGCUGCGCUCAGGCCGUCCGCUCUCCCGGCCCUGGGAUCCGUCGCGUUUCUGCGCGCAUUCGGCUCCGAGCCGCGAGCCGCCGUGAGCUCUCGCAUUCGAGCAGGCGUCCACGAGCCCGGGGGCAUCGCCCGCAGCGGCCAAGCUAAUGGCCGGCUGAGCGGGACGCCGCCGCCGCCUCAGCCACCGCCGCCGCCGCCGCCUCCUCCUCCUCAGCCGGCGGCGGCCCGGGCCCAGCAGCCAUGGCCGAAGACUACUGGGACGGGCGCCUGCGGCGAACAGGAGAAGGAGGUCGCGCGGCCUCAACCCGGGCCGCCGCCCCAGGCGCCGCCGCGCCGGCCCCGCGGCGCUGAGGUUACUCGCGCGCCCCCGCCGAUCGCCAUGGAUCGGAUGAAGAAGAUCAAACGGCAGUUGUCAAUGACACUCCGAGGGGGCCGAGGUAUAGACAAGACCAACGGUGCCCCUGAACAGAUAGGCCUGAAUGAGAGUGGUGGUGGUGGCAAUGACCUUGGAGAGGCCCCUACACGCGCCGCCCCUGGGGAAUCCCGCUCUGUACGGGGCCCACUGAGCUCUGCACCAGUAGUCCCCUCCGGCCUCCUGCCACCUGUUCAGCUUCGGUCCGCCUUCCUGGGGCCUUUGGCUACCUCUGCCAGUGCUUGCCCACUUGGGACUGGGCCAGCUGCAAUCGCAACAUCCCCCCCGAACAGGAUGCUCCACCAGGUUGUACAUGAGGAUUUAAAGAUGGGGUCCGACGGGGAGAGCGACCAAGCUUCAGCCACAUCCUCUGAUGAGGUGCAGUCUCCUGUGAGGGUGCGCAUGAGAAACCACCCCCCACGCAAGAUCUCCACCGAGGACAUCAACAAACGCCUGUCGCUACCAGCUGACAUCCGGCUGCCAGAGGGCUACCUAGAGAAGCUGACACUCAACAGUCCCAUCUUUGACAAGCCCCUCAGCCGUCGCCUCCGCCGUGUCAGCCUGUCUGAGAUUGGCUUUGGGAAGCUGGAGACCUACAUCAAGCUGGACAAGCUGGGCGAGGGUACCUAUGCCACUGUCUACAAAGGCAAAAGCAAGCUCACAGACAACCUGGUGGCACUCAAGGAGAUCAGACUGGAACACGAAGAAGGGGCACCAUGCACCGCCAUCCGGGAAGUGUCCCUGCUGAAGGACCUCAAACACGCCAACAUCGUCACGCUACACGACAUCAUCCACACAGAGAAGUCCCUCACCCUUGUCUUUGAGUACCUGGACAAGGACCUGAAGCAGUACCUGGAUGACUGUGGGAACGUCAUCAACAUGCACAAUGUGAAACUGUUCCUGUUCCAGCUGCUCCGUGGCCUGUCCUACUGCCACCGGCAGAAGGUGCUACACAGAGACCUCAAGCCCCAGAAUCUGCUCAUCAACGAGAGAGGAGAGCUCAAGCUGGCUGACUUUGGCCUGGCCCGGGCCAAGUCGAUCCCAACGAAGACCUAUUCUAAUGAGGUAGUGACACUGUGGUACCGGCCCCCUGACAUCCUACUUGGGUCCACAGACUACUCGACCCAGAUUGACAUGUGGGGUGUGGGCUGCAUCUUCUAUGAGAUGGCCACAGGCCGCCCCCUCUUCCCGGGCUCCACAGUGGAGGAACAGCUGCACUUCAUCUUUCGCAUCUUGGGGACCCCCACUGAGGAGACCUGGCCAGGCAUCCUGUCAAAUGAAGAAUUUAAAACCUACAACUACCCUAAGUACCGAUCUGAGGCCCUUUUGAGCCACGCACCCCGACUUGACAGCGACGGCGCUGACCUCCUCACCAAACUGCUGCAGUUUGAAGGUCGCAAUCGGAUCUCCGCUGAGGAUUCCAUGAAACACCCAUUCUUCCUCAGUCUGGGGGAUCGAAUACACAAACUUCCUGACACUACUUCCAUAUUUGCACUAAAGGAGAUCCAGCUACAAAAGGAGGCCAGCCUCCGGUGUUCGUCGGUGCCUGACUCAGGGACACAGCCCUUAUUUGGAACUUUGACCAUCAGUAGACCCUGGGGUCGGCUAUGGGAAAGCAUGCCUCGGCCACUCGCCUUCCUACCCCUGCCUGCUCUAGGGGGACCUGGGGACUACCGGAGACUCUGGGAGAUGGACAAGGUGGGGGCCCUGAAUCUUUCCCUCCUGUAGUCCCAUAAUUGGGGCCUCCUUCCUUCUCAGGGUCUCCCUAGCCCAGCCCUCCUGUCCCCAUCCCACUUGGUGCUGUUGAGUAGGGGCCCUGCCAGGAUCUGACCAACUCACUGAGGAGCCAGUGUGUAUGUGUGUGUGUGUGUGUGUGUGUGUGUGUGUGUGUGUGUGUGUGUGUGUGUAUAUAUAUAUAUAUAUAUAUAUAUAUAUAUAUAUGUAUAUAUAUAUAUAUAUAUAUAUAUAUGCACAAGCAAGAACAGAGGGGUGAAUGGGGCAGGGAGGUUGUGCCCAGGCAUUAUCCCCUGACCCCUUGGGGAGGGUGAGGCAGGGCAGGAAUAGUCUUUGGGGUCAGUCCUCAGUUGGGUGGUUACCUCCUCUUCCUCCACUCUAAACCCUGGGACCCUCAAAUGGGGUGGGAGGGCAUGGGUGGGGGCCCUCCUAGUGAGGUUUGGGGGGUUGGGUUCCUGAAUGCACCAUAAUCGCUGUAUGAAACAUUAAACUCUAAAGUGAAAAACUGAA